AUGGCGGCUCGGCCCGCCCCCGCCCUCUACUUUCCCUCCUCCUCUCCCGCCCUGUUCCCGCCUCCGUCCCUCCCCGUUCCCCGGCCGCCCGUCCAGAGCCCCCGCGCUGCGGUCAUGGCGCUGUGCGGGCGGGGCUGGAUGCGCUGUGCUCGCGGCUUGCGGCUCGGGGCCUUGCCCCGGCCCGGGCUUUGCGGGACUCGCGGCGUGCGGGGCUCCAACCCCUUCACGCGGCAGCAGGAGGAGGAGUGGCGGCGCCGGAACCGCUCGGCCGUAGGCUACAUCGCGGCGGCGGCCGUGGGCAUGGUGGGGCUGUCGUACGCGGCCGUUCCGCUCUACCGCCUCUACUGCCAGGCCACGGGGCUCGGCGGGACGGCGGGCACGGGGCGCGGCGCGGAACGGAUCGAGCGCAUGGAGCCCGUGCGGGACCGGCUCAUCAGGGUCACGUUCAAUGCCGAUACGCACGCCAGCAUCCAGUGGAACUUCAAACCGCAGCAGAGCGAGAUCUACGUGGUACCAGGAGAGACUGCACUGGCAUUUUAUAAAGCAAAAAAUCCUACUGACAAACCAAUAAUUGGAAUCUCCACCUACAAUGUUGUCCCCUUUGAAGCAGGACAGUAUUUCAAUAAAAUACAAUGUUUUUGUUUUGAAGAACAGAGGCUAAAUCCUCAGGAGGAAGUAGACAUGCCUGUCUUUUUCUACAUUGACCCAGAGUUUGCAGAGGACCCUAAAAUGGCUAAAGUUGAUUUGAUCACUCUCUCUUACACCUUCUUUGAAGCAAAGGAAGGACAGAAGUUGCCACUUCCUGGGUAUCAGUAAUGGGCCUUCUCUACAAAAUCUGACUUCUGCUUCAUCUGAGUGCCAGUUCUGAUGCCAUUUUUCCUUGGAAUAAAAACUGCAGGAGUACUGUGCAGUAUGAAAUUAUAUUAUUAAACCUCCAUGGGCACAUGCUGUUAUGAAAGCAUACGUGUAUAUAUAUAUUUUUUGGAAACCAACUUAAUGUAUCCCUAUUUCUUAGGGAUAGUAUUCAUCAGACAGUGGAAUGGAACACACUGUUCCUGAAGUACAGAGGGUUUUCUCAGGCCAUCUUUUUGUAAGAUGUUAUCUGAAUACCACAAGGCAAAUUUUUAAACCAAUGUAUAAAUUAAGAUCUUCUUUUAAAUACAGAAGAAAAAAACAGUUCAUAAAGCAUCUAAAAUUCCAUUGCUGGCUCCAGAAAAUGACUUGCAUGUUAAGUUACUUUAGAAGAAGGUGAACCCAGAUAAUAAAUGAAGGUAAUCUCAUAACUAAACAAA